AUGCUGGACGUGGACGACGAGUACCAGCUGUUCGCGAACGGCUCGCUGCGGCUGUGGGACGGCGAGUGGCUGGGGCCGGACGACUUCUGCGUGGACGCCUACUGGUCGCAGCUGCGACAGCUGGCCGUGGCGCUGCCUCUGCUGUGCUACGCGGGCGGCGCGCCCGACAGCGCCGGCGAGCACGCCAUCCGCUACGUGCUGUACCCCCUCGGCCUGCUGGUGUCGGUGCCGUUCCUGGUGGCGACGGCGUGGGUGUACCUGCGCUUCCCGCAGCUGCGCGACCUGCACGGCCGGGCGCUGGCCAACCACGCGCUGUGCCUGGCCGCCGCCUACCUCAGCCUCUCCGUCACGCAGCUGGCCGGCCACCGCUUCUCCACCGGCGCCUGCAUCGCCUUCGCGUUCCUCAUCCAGUUCUCGUUCCUCGCCGCCUUCUGCUGGCUCACCAUCCUCGCUCUGGACACUACGUGGAAGGUGCUGAGCGUGACGGGGCGCCACCCGUACCCCGAGGAGCGGUCGCGGCAGUGGCGCGCGUGGGCGGGCUACUCGGUGUUCGCGUGGCUGGCGCCCGCGCUCUGCCUCGUCGUGACGCUGCUGGCGGACAUCCAGCCCAGCGUGCCGCCCUCCUUCGUCAGGCCCAGCCUCGGAACGGCCAGCUGCUGGUUCGGCAAUAAAGACGCGGCUCUGCACUACUUCUACGGGCCGAUCGGCCUGCUGUUCCUGCUGAACGCCGGCAUGUUCGCCGUCAGCAUCUACCGGACGUGCACCUACCCGCCGGCCUUCAGGCACAGGUCGCCCACAGAGAGGGUGCGGAUGGUGGUGACGCUGUUCGUGUCGAUGGGCGUCAGCUGGACGAUGGAGCUGGUGUCGUGGGCGGUGGGGGGCCCGGUGUACGCGUGGCUGGUGCCCGACCUCAUCAACAUCCUGCAGGGCGCCAUCCUGUUCGUCAUCUUCGUGCUGGAGCCCAGCGUGAAGCGCGUCGUCUUCGCCGACAGCGACGCCAGGCGGCCGCGGCUGGUGCCCACCUCUCUGGAGUCCUCGCGGCUGCAGCCCGUCUGACCGGGCCUCGCGCUCUCCUGCAUUGGCUGGUCAGCGCCUGUCCUAUACAGAGGGGCAGCCAGCUACAAGGCACUACAAGUUUCCAGCAUUUGGCUGGACUGAAAUAUCUUCGGCCACGUGAUUCACUGUUGAGUCAGACAAAAUGUUGAUGCACUUCAGUAAGUAGUCUCAGUUCGAAAAUGAAACAUUGUUAGAAGAAAGUAUGGAGUUAGCUUUCCAGCAUUCCGACAUGAGCGCUUCAGAGCAGUUCUGAAACUGUGGCCCAGGAAAAUCUAGUAGUUAUUGAAAACACCACAGAGGUUCCGGUGAAAAAUCACGGACCAAAUUAAAUAUUCAGUGUGUAAAGCAUUGAACUAAUCUUAUCUCUCAGGAUGAAAACGAUUCCGUUUUACCGUGUUCAUUCGUCAUACUCAUCAGCUUUCUUCGUUAAGAAAAAGAUUCAUGACUGUUUAACAAGAUUGCAGUUUCAUCGAAAUGUGCGUUAUUGAUUCCUGAUUGUUUUUGGAGGCGAAAUAUUUUUGUAAUUUACAGAGAUCUCAAAGACAAAAAGACUUGGCUGGCAGAUUAACAUUGUGUACCAAAGUGGAACUCGAACCUGCAACCUUUGCCAUUCAUGCGCAGGUGCUCUACCGAAGUUGUAUUUCAAUCAAAUCAAGUCUACGAUCCAGUAAAUCACUUAUUUCUAUAGACUACAUCUAUAAACAGCUUUUAUAUCAUGACCUUCAAGACGUUGAAACAAUACUUCACUGAAGUAAUAAAAAUACAGACAAAUUUAUCCCCCAUUAACCAAUAAUUCACUGUUUUCGAAAUUGGAUGGAUAAUGUACAGAUAAAAAUUUCUAAAAUGAUUAUCGGCGAAAAGUCACUAAUUCUACUACUUUACAAACUAUAACGGUUUUCGUGUGUCCCAUCACUUCUGUUUGUCAUUCUGAAGGCGACUGGGGUAAGCGACUCAGGGUCGUCAUCUUCUGAAUGAUAUCCUGAGAUUCUUUUUUCAGUUUUUAGCAGACCAUCACCUUGUUUUUCUUGCUCCUUAGCAAUCCUGUUUUCAUAUUAAAGUUCUUUUGCAGUAUCUUGCAUUGUAACCGUAGUGUCUCCCAUAGUUUUAACUUGUCCUGCAAACUUCUUGUCAAGUUCUAUCGUUUGUCUGAGCUUCCUCCUUUUUAUCAACUAAAUUCUCUCUCGAAGAUUUAAUUGUUUGCUAAUGUCGCAGUUAAGUAUGAUUUAUCUGUUACAUUAUUCCUUUUUUAACACUUACUUCUUCAUUCAACCUUCCCUUCCUCUUUUUCGCUCCUCAUUUCUAAUUUCAUAAGUCAAUUUAUUUCUGUCUUAACUGCGUUUUUAAAGGGGGAUUUCAUCUGUUGAAAUCAUUCACGGAUUCUUUGCUCUUCUUCCUUACCGGCUCAUCUACCUAAUGAAGACUCACGACCCGCCCUCACAGCUUUACUUCUGGCAGUACAUCUCUUAUCUUCUAAACUAGCGCUACUGGAAGGAAGGAUAUCGCGGAGACAGUGCUUACCCUUAGGUUAGAGGAUUGUUUUCACUGCAGAAUGAAAAUUCAUUCUAGAAGCAAUCCUCAAGGCCGUCGUUAAGCCACGUCUCCACAACACACGAGGGGCGUUUGAAAAGUCCGUGCAAAAAUAAAAACUACUUAUGUUUUGAGGUAAACCUUUUUUAUUUUUCGACAUAGUCUCCUUUUAGACUUGUACACUUCAUCCAACGUUGUUCUAAUUUGUUGAUCCCUUCCGAAUAACAGGAAUUGUCCAAGUCUGCAAAAUAGCUAUUAGUUACUGCAAUCACCUCCUCGUUUGAAUAAAAUCUUUGUCCCGCCAGCCAUUUCUUCAAAUUGGGGAACAAAUAGUAGUCUGUGGGAGCCAAGUCUGGAGAAUAGGAGAGGAUGUGAAACGAGUUGGAAUCCUAUUUCCAAUAAUUCUGCGAACACAACUGCUCAGGUGUGUGCUGGUGCAUUGUCGUGAUGGAAAAAGACUUUUUUGCGGUGCAAUCGCCGGCGUUUUUCUUGCAGCUAGGUUUUCAAACGGUCGAAUAACGAUGAAUAAUAUGCACCUGUAAUAGUUUAACCCUUUUCCAGAUAGUCGAUGAGGAUUAUCCCUUGCGAAUCCCAAAAGACAGUCGCCAUAACCGUUCUGGCCGAAGGAAUGGUCUUCGCCUUUUUCGGUGCAGAUUCUCCCUUGGUAACCCAUUGUUUAGAUUGUUGUUUGGUCUCAGGAGUAUAGUAAUGUAUCCAUGUUUCAUCCACAGUGACGAAACGUCGCUUAAAGUCCUGCGGAUUCUUCCUGCACAGCUGCAAACCAUCCUUCCAACACUUCGCAUGAUUCCAUUUUUGGUCAAGCGUGAGAAAUCACGGAACCCAUCUUGUGGAUAGCUUUCUCAUGUCCAAAUGUUUAUGCAAAAUAUUAUGUACCUGUUCAUUCGAGAUGCUCACAGUACUAGCAGUCUCACUCAGCUUAACGUUCAGCAUCACUUGUGCCCGUAUGGGUACUCCGCAAAUUUUGAAACCACUUAUAAACUGUUCUAAUCGAAGGUGCAGACUCACCAUAAUGUUUAUCAAGCUUAUCUUUAGUCUCCUGAGGCGUUUUGCCUCUCAUACAGUAAUGUCUAAUCACCACACAAAAUUCUUUUUCGUCCAUUUUUUGACAAUCACGCGACUUCCUUCAUUCACACGAAUGCCAAACACAAAGAAAUAUACCAAUAUGGCUGCAACUUGGUGCGCGUUCUUUCCAAAGAUGCUGCUAACUAAACAUGACCUCGAUACGAGCCGGUGGUGCCAUCUCUCGGACUUUGCACGGACUUUUCAAACGCCCCUCGUACUUCCUGACAGAAAUGCUAAUCCAGAGAGAUAUUGAGGUGAACUUGUGUGAUGUUUGGAAGGUUGGAAGUGAGGUACUGGCGGAAGCAAGGCCGAGAGGAUGGGUCGAGAGUUGAUUGGAUACCUCAGUCGGUAGAGCAACGGCCCGCGAAAAGAAAAGGUUCCAGAUUCAAGUCUCAAGCCGGCACAUAGUUUCAAUUCACCAUGAAGUUUUAAAUCAGCGUACACUUCACUGCAAAGUGAGGAUUCAUUUUGGAAAUACAGUUACUUUUUCCAGCGUCAUUUUUUCGUGGACCCCGGCAGUAAAAGAAUAGUAACGCGUUUGGCAGAAGAGUUUUAAGUUCGAUUUCUAAAAAGCAGUUUAUACCAACAGACAACUGCUUCCUCUUAUGUUAAAUAUCAAAA